GGAGGAAAAGCUGAAGUAGGUCUCCAGAUCUAUGGCGGAUGUCACACAGUAGUCGCCUCAUGUGGACCAGAUCCUGCGGGGGGACACGAGACCAGCACCAGGCCCCAAAUCUUCACCCAUCCUCCGUCACACCUCCACCUCUCCAACCACCACCUGUCCUCACCUGCAGGUGAAACAUGGCCGCCUCCUGGCUGAUCUGGGUGUUGGCGGGCGCCAUCUUGGUCUCCAUGGUGCUCCUGGGGGUCCUGUGUCUGCACUGCCGGACCAACGGCCCUCUGGUCUCCAUCAGGCAGAUGGACGCUUCGGAGGACUACAUGCCAUCAACUGGGUUCAUAGUCCUCCAUCCAUCUCAGACGAACACCAACUUUCUGUCACCUUGCUCGCCGUCUGCCCACCCGGGAUCUCAGAGCAGAGUCCCGUCCAUCGCCCCCACAGAGACCGAAAGUAAUCCGAGUUACGAGAACCCAGCAGACGAUCCUGAGUACAUCAAUGCCGAGAGCGAUGCAGAAGACCCCGGCUACAUAAUCGUGUUGCCCGAUGGCGAGACUCCUCUGACCAAUCAGAGCCGAGCCUCCACGCCCAGUUCAGGUGUUCUCCAUGAUUAUGAAAACGUCCCAGAGAAGAGAGAGGACAGAGACUAUCUGAACGUGGACCCGCUGCACUUUCAACCCGGAUCCACACUGGACCUGUCGGCUCAGAGCAACAGCAGCAGCGACGAUGAUGAAGAUGAUGAAGGGAACUACGUCAACGUGCAUGAUGGGAGUCUGGCUGACUGACCCACCACAGUGAGCUCUUUAAGCUGCCAUCAGCGCUGCUCUUCUCCCCUUUAUGAUGUCACAGGGGGGGGGGGGGGGGGGGGGGGGGGGGGGGGGUUUAAAACAGAGGAUGAGAAACGACCUUUAAUGACCUCCAGAAGCUCAGCUGAGCGGGAACGCCUCACAACAACACGGAGGUCUCUGUGUUCAGCUUCUUUAACCAACCGGGGGCCGAGACGGGCAUCUGUUGGGCCGUCGUCAGGUAGAAAAACAUCUUUAUUCAUAAAUCUCACUGAGGGAAGUUGUCCUCUCGGGUCAAAGAUGGACAUAAAUUUGACAUUUUCGUCCCUUUUUCAGACUUCUUUUUUUAGUUUUCACCAACAUCACUUUACUAGUUUUACUACUUGUUUGAAUUUAUGGUCAAUAACCCUCAUUUAUUUAGAAUUAUACCUCAUAUAUGAGCUAAAAAAGCAGAAAUUAUGAUUUAUUUUGACUAAUAGUUAAGAUCAGUUGUAUUUUAAAGAGCGUCGGAAGGAAUCCAAUCCAUUUUUUGUGGUAAUUUGGUUAAAAAGAAACUCAGAUAUAGACAUUUUUUUAAAGGGUCAGAUUUGACCCGAGGACAACAGGAGGGUUAAAGUUACACCAAUACAACCUUGAACUCUGACUGUCCCCUGAACACACUGUAAAAAACAUCUCACUAUCAGUUUGUUGUUGUGAGAAAUAUUUUUUACAGUGUGUUCUGGGGACAGACAGCUAGCAGAUAGUAAUACAUAUUUUUUACAGUGUGUUCAGGGGACAGACAGCUAGCAGAUAGUAGUAAAUAUUUUUUACAGUGUGUUCAGGGGACAGGCAGCUAGCAGAUAGUAGUAAAUAUUUUUUACAGUGUGUUCAGGGGACAGACAGC